AUUUGCUAGGAUUCCAAAGUUUUGCCAAGGGAAUCGAAGUUGCGAUUGUUGGAAAGUCACUCGAAAGCAGGAUCGAUGGACCCUAAUGACCCCAAAAUCGUUGAUGUUGACCUGGAACCAAGCGAAGAGAUUAUAGAAGACAAGGGUGAGUAUGAUUUAGGAAACGAGGCACAAACCAAAUCUGUACCAAUUUUCAUUCAUUUGGGUGGGAGGGAUAGGUUGACCUUGUUUGAACUUUAUACUAAGAUUGGUAUUGCUGGAUAUGAUGCUGAUAUGGUCAACCAAAUAUGGUAUUUAGAACCAAGAAAAACAAUUACAGAUGGAUUGAAACCUAUUAGGAAUGAUGAUGACAUUAGGGAUGUUUUGGCGGUGUUGAAUGUGGAGAAAAAGGUACAUAUUUAUGUGUCUCAUGUCCUAGAUUUUGUUGAAAUUAUACCUAUCUUAUCAUUACCUGCCCCUAGUGAUAAAGGUAAUGUUGAGGACAAUCCUGCUGAGGUUGAGGGGAGAGUAGAAAAUGAUCCUGUUGAUGUGGAAGGCAGAGUUGAGGAUGCUAGGCAUGCAAUUGAGAUUAAAGCCAGAGCUGAGGAUGCUAGUCAUGUGGUUGAGGUUGAAGGCAGAGUUAAGGAUGCUGGUAAUGAUGGUAAUGAAGACAAUGAACAUUCUGAGGAUGAAGAUGAUUUUCUUCCAUAUAUAUCAAAAUUAAGUGAUAAUAAAGAUGAGAAAACUAUCGAGGCGAGAAAGAAAAUGAAGUCUUUGCAUAAGGCAACUUCUAGAUUAAAAAAUUCUAGGAAAGGUGUUAAGUAUGGUCCCAGUCAACCAUCAACAGGAACUAGUCAUGAAACUCCCUCAUCUUCAAUUGGUCAAAAUGAUCUUGGUCCUGAGGAUUCAUUAAGCCCAGAUGAUGAUGAUGAUGAUAUCAGCUACAUUUCAACAAGUGAAGAGGAUGGAAGUGAAGUUGAACACGAUAGGAGAAGGAAAGAAUUGAGAAAAAGAGAUCCAGGUGCCAUUGUUUCAAUUUAUGCACUGAGGCCACUACCUAACCUCAACCCUCUUUUCUUGAGGAUAUAUGUGUGUUUUAGUGCAAUGAAAAAGGGAUUCAUUGCUAGAUGUAGGAGAAUCAUUGGUUUAGAUGGAGCUUUUCUCAAAGGAGCACACAAAGAGGAAUUACCUGCUGUUGUUGGUAGAGAUGCCAAUGACCAAAUGUACCCAACUGCAUGGGAAUUCAAUGCAGCCUUAACAGAGUUAGGCACAUUGAAGCCUGUAGCAAGGGAUGACAUAAUGAGUGUAGAUCCCAAGCAUUGGAGCAAAGCUUUUUUCAAAACUGAAAUUAAGUCAUCUGUGGUCAACAACAACAUGUGUGAGGUGUUCAAUGCCUUACUUGUUGAUGCACUACACAAGGCAAUAAUUUCUUUGAAUCAAGAAAUGACAGCUAUGGAAGGUAGUAAGAAAUGUAGAGUCCUAUGGCCUAGUGGAGUUGGUUGUGAAGUUGAGGAUUUUAUGGAUAGUAAAAAUAAAGUGGAAUCAGGCAGAAACACUUAUAUUGUAAACUUGGAAGACAGCACAUGCACUUGUAGGUAUUGGGAUCUAUUUGGGAUUCCUUGUAGACAUGCCAUUACGGUAUUGAGUUUAAAAAAACUAAGAGUUGACGAAUAUGUUUCAGACUGGUACAAGUUGUCCACAUUUAAGGCAUCUUAUGCAUAUGAGGUACCCGUUGUUGAAGGCAUGAAUCAAUGGACACCAACAAGGAUGCUAACCAUACAGCCACCUGUACCAAGGAAGAUGCCUGGCAAGCCCAAGAAAAAAAGAAAUCAUGAAGAAUGGGAAGGAAAGACAAAAAUGGGAAGACAAGGAAGAAAAAUAACUUGCCAGAAAUGCUUCCAAAAAGGUCACAAUUUUAGAUCGUGUAAAGGCCAACCACCAAAUGUGCCUCAAAUGGAGAAUGAACCAUCUAUGGAGCAACCACCCCUGUUGAGGACAACCAUUCACCCCUUGUUGAUGACCACCAGCCACCCCAUACUGAGGAUAGUCAGCCCCCCACUGUUGAGGACAACUAGCAAUACCUUACUAAGGAAUAGCCACCCCAUGGAGAAGACAACCAACCACGUAUUGCUAAGGAAGAACUAGUGAACAUGACCUAAGAAGAUCCUCCAGUGAGUCAAGUAAUUAGCCCAACUCGACCAGUUCAACAGGCCACAACUCCCACUCCAAGAAAGAAGGAGAGAGCUAGAAGUGCUCAUCAGCCAGUAAUGGAUUUAGGUUAAAUACCCUUUUUGGUCCCUCUACUAUAGGAAAAAGCCCCUUUUUGGUCCCUGUACCGAAAAAAUCCCCUUUUUAGUC